GUCGGCGUAAGGCAGGGAGCGGAGGCCGUGGGGGGGCACGGCGCUGGAGCCCAGGCCCGGUGCAGAGGAGGCCCCGCUCUGUCCCGCAGCUGGCGGGGGUGGGACGGCCCGCGGGGAGGCCCCGAGGAGGCCCUGGGGGCUGUGCCCGGGGGAAGUGAAAGGGCCGCCUCGCAGGCUGGCACCUGUGCGUCACGGGGACUCUGCGUCCCAUCUGUCCGCGGCGCUUGGGCGCUGUGGGCCGGGGUUUCCAGGUGGGGCUGAUUCAUGCCAGCUGGGCGGUGAGUCAUUGUGCUCAGGGCGCAGCCCGGGUGCGGUGCGGGGCCUCUCCAGCCUGUGGGCUGGCAGCCGCAGUGAAAUGGCUGCUCCCCGAUUGAAAGGCUGAAAUCCUGCGAGUGCAGCUCUUCAAGCCCUGGUCCACUUAGAAGGUCUGAGCUGACAGUCACCCAUAUCUGAGAACCAGUGAAUGGAAAUGUGCAUCACUGCAAGGGAUCGGCGGCUUUUGGGUGCGGAGCAGCGAUUUAAGCGGCUGGAGGUGGCUUCCUGCCAUCGUGGGGGGAAAUACGCCAAAAAGGCAAAUGAGACCCACCUGCCUACCUCAGGCCAUGCUGCCAUCCAGGGCUGAUGCAGCCCCUUCUGUGCUCUGACAUAGGGAUUUCAGGAUCCUUUCCCUCCCCUGAGCUCUGGCUAGCCCUUCUCCAGGAGAGGUUUCGUGCAGGAGCUUGGAGGCUGAGUGGUGCACUGCCUGUUAUGGCCGGAUGGUUUAGGCGGCUCCUGCAGAAGCCCAAGCAGAGCUCCAGCCACACAUCAAGCAGCUCUCAUAGCACUGCCAGCCACUCACUUUCGUCUUCGCCCUCCUCCUUCUCCUCCUCCUCCUCUGCUUGGAGCUCCAGCUCCUCCAGCAGCACCAGCACGGCUCGGCCUGGCCGCCCAGCCCCAGUGGACAUCAGCAGCUCGGGCAGCGCACGCUGGGCAAAGAGCUAUGAUGUGUGCAUCUGCCACAGUGAGGUGGACCUGGAGUUUGUGGAGGAGCUGGUGUCCUACUUGGAGAGCCAGCCCCAGAGCCUGCGCUGUUUCCUGCAGCUGCGGGACAGCGUGGCAGGCAGUGCCAUCAUGACGGAGCUGUGCGAGGCCGUGCAGAACAGCCACUGCUGGGUGAUGCUCAUCACCCCCAGCUUCCUGCAGGACCCCUGGUGCAGGUACCAGAUGCACCAGGCGCUAGCCGAGGCCCCGAUGGCCAAUGGGCGUACCAUCCCCGUGCUGAAGGACAUUGACAGGAAAGAUUACCCCAAGGAGUUGAGGAACCUCUACUACAUCUACACGGCUCUCAAGGAGAACAGCUUCAGGCAGAUCAGGGACACUGUGCUGCGCUGUGAGUACCCUACACCCUGUACCGUGGGGUGGAACAUUACCUCUGUACUCAGACAUCCCUCAGUGGGCCAUGGGAAGGGGUUGGAUCCCUGUGCUCUGCUUUUGUUAUUAUUUAAAUGGUUAAUUGGAGAUCAGUCAGCUUGCUAACGGGGUCUGUCUACUGCCUCCACAGACCUGGAAGAGCUGUGCCGGAGCUCCACGAGUGGAACGGAGUAGUGCCCACUGAGGGCAUGAGUGUCUGAGCAAAGCUAGAGGCAUUUCCACGGGCUUUUCAGAGCAGUGGGACAAAGUGGUGCCAUGGGGGCCAGACCUGAAGACCCCUCAUGUCACUGCUGGGCUGCCAUCAUGCCUGUCCAGCUCCACUGUCCCAAGGGUUAGGGCUCUAUGGGGACAAGGCUGGGGACAGUGCGUCCCUCAAACACAUCAUGCAAACACUAAGUUCUCACCCAGGGCAAAGCACACAGGGGAGUCUCCAGCAUCUUCUAAAGAUGAGGACACUCAGGGUACCUGGAACCUCCUGUGCAAGCUGCCACCACGAGGAGCCUGCAGCUGGAGCAUGUUUGUACCGUGUGGGGACAUUAUGUUGCACACUGUAUGAGGAGAAAUGCAGAAGUUUCAUUUUUUAA